AUGCGGUUCUCUACUAUGUUCACUGCCCUUGUGGCAUGCGUUUCCACCACUUCAGCUGCCAUCAACUGGUCCCUAGAGAAGGUCUCCAACCCAUCAGCCGACCAAGCAGAUGCUUACAGCCGUAUCGAGAACGCCAUGCGUCUCGCAGCAGCACGAUACAACCGCUUGGGCAGAGCCACCAAGACCAUUCGUGUCUCCUACGUUCCCGGCGUUCCAACCGCCGAUGCCAACUUCAAUGGCAGUCUCCGCUUUGGUUCCAAUCGAUCUUACAUGAGCGAACGCACCGCUCUACAUGAGAUCUCUCAUACUCUUGGAAUUGGUCAGACUGCGGCUUUCGAUAGAAAGUGUGCUGCCAAUGACUGGCGCACGGCAACUCCUCUACUUCAAUCUUGGGAUGGUGCUGGUGUUCGUAUCAACUGUGGCGGAGGACAUAUUUGGCCAUAUGGACUUAACUACGAUAAUGAGUGGAGCGAGACAAAUGCCAAUCGACAUGUUCAGCUCGUCAAUGCGAUGAUAGCCGAUGGCCUCCAGGGCUAA